UGUCUGCCUGGCGUUUUACAACAUAUUAAGCUUAUACCUUGCUAAAACUCUAGGAAAUGGUGACUCCUGUAUAAAUUCUGAUUCUCCUUCUUCCUAGGGGUGUUUUAUCCAUAUUUGAAGACUCCUUGGAGAUCCCUAUUGUAAGAUUGGGAAUUCUGCCUUCUAAUUCAGCUCAUUGAUUCACUUCUGAGUGGACUGAGACAAAUCCUACUAAUUGUUGAAUUUGUUUCCUUGUUUGUGAAGCACUGAACUAAACCACAGUCCACAUCGUCACCUGCAGUUAAUUGUGGUCAUAAGACUGAAUUCUGGCCAAUGGAAUGUAAGAGAAAGAAAUUCAUGCUACUCCUAGGCUCAGCUCACAAAAAUCUCCCAUCGUGAUCCUCCUUGUUCUUUCAACUUCUGCAGUUUCCCCGGAAGCUCCUUGUUAAAGAUGGCCGGACCGCCAUCUUUAGGAAAUGGAAGGAAACUUGGUCCCGAAGCCCGGUGUGGAGGAGAGAUUUAUGCCUGUUAGAAACACUCGUUUUAGACUUUACGAAAAGGCACAGGUUGGAAGGUAGAGGAAGGAUUGGACACGUUGCUGGGGCAAGUGAGCGAUCCAUUUAACCAAAACAGAGAUGUCGGCUUAUUUUUAGGAAUUACUGGAAACCAGAGUCAUGGUGGAUGUAGGGAAGUGGCCAGUCUUCACCCUGCUCUCACCUCAAGAAAUAGCAUCUAUUCGGAAAGCUUGUGUCUUCGGCACCUCAGCCAACGAAGCACUGUAUGUUACUGACAAUGACGAGGUCUUUGUGUUUGGACUGAACUACAGUAACUGUCUAGGAACCGGAGAUAACCAGAGUACACUUGUGCCCAAAAAGUUGGAAGCCUUAUGUGGAAAGAAGAUUAAGAGCCUUAGUUAUGGGAGUGGACCACAUGUUCUUCUCAGCACCGAAGAUGGAGUUGUUUAUGCCUGGGGCCACAAUGGAUAUAGCCAGCUUGGGAAUGGGACCACCAACCAAGGCAUUGCUCCCAUCCAAGUCUGCACCAACCUCUUGAUCAAGCAAGUGGUUGAAGUAGCUUGUGGCUCACAUCAUUCAAUGGCUCUGGCAGCUGAUGGAGAGGUGUUUGCUUGGGGCUAUAACAACUGUGGCCAGGUGGGAUCAGGGUCUACAGCAAAUCAACCAACUCCUCGCAAAGUUACAAACUGUUUACAUAUUAAGAGGGUGGUCGGCAUUGCCUGCGGGCAGACCUCGUCCAUGGCUGUCCUGGACAAUGGUGAGGUAUACGGCUGGGGCUACAACGGCAAUGGUCAGCUAGGCUUGGGAAACAACGGCAAUCAGCUGACCCCCGUGAGAGUGGCAGCUUUGCACAGCGUUUGUGUGAACCAGAUUGUCUGCGGCUAUGCACAUACUCUAGCACUAACUGAUGAGGGCUUGCUGUAUGCCUGGGGAGCUAACACGUAUGGGCAGCUGGGAACUGGCAAUAAAAAUAACCUGCUAAGCCCAGCACACAUCGUGGUGGAGAAAGAAAGGGUAAUAGAGAUUGCGGCCUGCCACUCUGCACACACGUCUGCAGCCAAGACGCAGGGAGGGCACGUGUACAUGUGGGGCCAGUGCCGGGGCCAGUCGGUGACCCUGCCUCACCUCACCCACUUCUCCUCCACCGACGACGUGUUUGCCUGCUUCGCCACGCCUGCCGUCACCUGGCGCCUCCUGUCUAUAGAGCAUGAAGACUUUUUAACAGUUGCAGAGUCACUGAAGAAAGAAUUUGACAGUCCAGAAACUGCUGAUCUGAAGUUUCGAAUUGAUGGGAAAUAUAUCCAUGUCCAUAAAGCUGUUUUGAAAAUCAGGUGUGAGCACUUUCGAUCCAUGUUCCAGUCUUAUUGGAAUGAGGACAUGAAGGAGGUGAUAGAAAUAGACCAGUUUUCCUACCCAGUGUACCGUGCCUUUCUCCAGUACCUCUACACAGAUACAGUGGACCUGCCGCCUGAAGAUGCUAUAGGUCUUUUGGAUUUAGCGACGUCUUACUGUGAAAACAGACUGAAGAAACUUUGUCAGCACAUUAUCAAGCGAGGAAUCACUGUGGAGAAUGCCUUUUCAUUGUUCUCUGCUGCGGUCAGAUACGAUGCAGAGGAUUUAGAAGAAUUCUGCUUUAAGUUUUGCAUCAAUCAUUUGACAGAAGUUACACAGACUGCAGCAUUUUGGCAAAUGGAUGGCCCUCUGCUAAAGGAAUUCAUUGCUAAAGCCAGUAAAUGUGGAGCCUUUAAGAACUGAAGCCCAAGACUGCUGGGUUUUGUGUGAGUGCUCUGGGGCUGGUGAUGGUGUGUCGUUGUGCUCUAUGGGUGAUGUCAUUCUGCAGGUAAAAGAGCCCAUCGGGUUGUUUUGCUCACAUGGAGUUAAGUUCUCUGCGUAGGGAUACAGAAAGGGUAUACGGCUUUUCCUGAACCCAUUUUAAACAACGUUUAUUUCCAGAUGUGUGUAUUUUAAAUGUGACCUUAACGUUUGGCUGGGACAUUGUAAAAGGGUGAAAGUCUAGCUGGUUGUUUGUUUUUGUUUGGUUUGGUUUUGAUUAGAGGACCUCCUGAAGUUGGAAAGGGGGCUUUGGGGCAAGUCUCCUGGCUUGCAUAUCAACAACCCUUUUGACGCCAACUGUGAGAGAUGUGGAGGCCCCGCUGGGAAUGACAGAUGCUGACUUGGGCGCUUGUUGAAGGGCUACAUUAGUUGCUAGUUCAGUAGCCUCACUGUGAAGGAAUAGUUAAGAUUGUCUGAGGCUUUUGUUUGUGUAAUUUGCAUUAUUGAUGACUUUUUAAACUUCAAAAUAAUAUUCAAUUUCAUAUAAGCCUAUUGAAAUGAUAAUUAUGUGAAGAUGAAUUUCUAGGUUAGUCAGGGUUUCUCUUAAGACUUAAGUAUAUAAAGAGUGGUAAUGUAGAACUAUCUUUGAAAACUUGAUAAUGAAAGAAACUUCAUUUGGGUGAAAGUGGAUAUUUUAUGACUCAGAGUCUCCACUACUAACAGCGUUUUAUUAAUGUUAAAUUGGAGAACCCAAAUUUAAAUGCCCCCACCUUUUCUCCUAUACAUGCUAAUCAUAUAAGAGGAAAAUAGUGAUAUAUUGAGCAUACUUUUACCUUCCUGAAUUGUGGUUGCUGAAUCAUC